AGUGUUGCCCGUUGGGUUUGGUGGAGUUUGAAGAGCUCUGUCGCCGUCUUCACUCCUCGCAGUCAGACGGGAGUGGACUACUGGAGGGAGAGAGAGGGUGAGCGAGGGGAUCUUCACUCCUCCAGUUCCUCCCCAUUUCUUGCAUCCCUUCCGGAUCUAUCAGCCCCGUCACCAACCUUCUUCCAUCCACGCUUCCAUCUAAAGAUCGGAGCAGGAUGAUGGGCGAUUUCCUCUCCAGGGUCCUACUGUUGGCCUUUGGUUAUGCUUAUCCUGCUUAUGAAUGCUAUAAAACCGUAGAGCUGAACAAGCCCGAGAUUGAGAAGCUUAUUUUCUGGUGUCAAUAUUGGAUAUUAGUCGCGCUACUGACGGUUUUGGAACGAUUUGGUGAUUUUGCAAUAUCAUGGCUACCACUGUACUCAGAAGCAAAGCUGAUGUUCUUUAUAUACUUAUGGUGCCCAAGGACAAAGGGAACCUCCUAUGUCUAUGAGACUUUCUUUAGGCCAUACAUUUCACAGUAUGAGAAUGAUAUCGACUGCAGUAUUCUUGAUUUGAGAGUAAGAGCUGGGGACAUGCUUGUGGUUUACUGGCAGAAGGUUGCAAUUAUUGGCCAGACUACAUUCUUUAACAUUUUGAAGUAUGCUUCUGCACAGUCACCAGCUCAUUCAUCAAGGUCGCGCUCAACACAGCAGCAAUCGUAUCCACAAAAACAGCAGCAAGCACAACCCCAACAACCGAAGCAAUCACUGCCCCAACAGCAACAGAAGCAAUCACUGCCCCAACAGCAACAGCAGCAGAUGCCCCAUGAAAAACCAACAACGCUUCGCAGAGCAGCAUCUGCUGCCGCUCGAACAGCUGGAAUUAUGCAGCAGUCGGAGGACACGAAGAUUGCUUACUCUAACCCCAAGACCAGGCGUCUACUACCCACAAAGUCUGCUCCGACGGCUUCCACAAGGUCCACGGUUGCAGCAACGAAACCGGUCGAGGAUCUUAAGAGCAGUGGAAUGAAGCUUGCAACUGAGGAAGCACCAUCUCCAUCCAGUAAUGCUGCCAUGCCAGGCUCUGAGCCUAGUGCGCCGCCACUCCCGAAAUCUGCAGAAGAUGACAUGUCUAUCGAUGAGGUUGACAUUCCUAUAGAGGACAUGGAUGAGCCUGUUGCCACUCCAGAGGAGACACCAAUGGAGGAGGCGAUUCGAGUGACCCGUGGGAGGCUAAGGAAACGUAUUGCCGCAGUUUCCACUGCUGAUGGCGGUGCAGCAAAUUAACUGCAUGCCAUUUGUCAUCUAUUUCCACAAAAUAUGUGCUUCAGAGCUUUAGGGCGAUCACCUGUUUGGUUGCAGCAGAUAUCUCUGUUUCCACAUUAUGUUCUUCGAGCUUUAGGGUGAUCUGCUGUUUGGUUGCAGGCAGCAGAUGUCUUGGUUGGUUUAAUUUAUUGCUUUGAACCUGCUUCCUUAAGUAGUGUUUCUUCCACCUGUUUUGCUAAUUUGCUAAUAUUCCUAGACCUAGAAGAUGUAAAUAUUGCAGGGCAUCUGUAUAUAUGUUGGGCAAGCGAAUCCUUAUUUGUUUAGCAUUGAAACUGCAUGUCACCUUAUUUGCUUGACCAAUUAGUUCCGAUUUGAGCA